AUGCAAGCUACUUCCGAAACGCUCUCAGCCCUCUCUUCUUACCUAUCCGCAACCGUAUCUUCUGACGCUCAUGCUCGACGUUCGGCAGAAGAGUCACUACGACAAGCUGAAGCUCAACAAGGGUUUCUUUUGCUUGUUUUGGAAUUAGCAAAGGCCGACUCGGUGGAUCCAGUGGUGAGACAAGCUGGUGGUGUGUACUUCAAGAAUGCAGUAAAGAGACUGUGGUCCGGAGAGGAGGAAACCCAAAUAUCUCCUGCAGACAAAACAACGAUCAAGUCACAGCUCGUACCGAUAAUGAUAGCUCUUGGAACCGCAAAGACAGCAAGGAUACAAAGUCAAAUUGGUGAGGGACUGAGUCAUAUCGCAACGUUGGACUUCCCAAAUGAAUGGGAGGGACUAUGCGAUGAACUCAUCAACUCUCUGACUCCUGAUAACUUUGUGAUCAACAAUGGUGUCUUAGCCACUGCUCACUCCAUCUUCAAAAGAUGGAGAUCACAAUUCCGAACGAAUGAACUAUAUUCAGAGAUCAAUUUCGUCCUUUCUAGAUUCUGUGAACCCUACUAUCAAUUAUUCCAACAUGUCGAUCAACUCCUGCAAUCCCCCAACCCAGCUUCCUUACCUGCAAAUUCAUCACUCCAACUUCUUUCUCAAACACUGAUUCUCUUGGUACAGCUUUUCCACGAUUUAUCAAGUCAGGACCUACCACCUUUCUUCGAGGAUCAUAUGGAUGAGUUCAUGGGUUGGUUGAGAAAAUACCUGGACUGGGAAAGGGACGAACUUAAGGGUGACGAGGAUGACGAGGCACCAGGACCUCUGCAAAAGAUAAGAGCGUCCAUUUGCGAAAUUGCGGAGCUUUUUGCACAGAAGUACUCGGACGUGUUCACGCAACUGGGAACAUUUGUGGACGGUGUCUGGAACAUGUUGACUCGUAUUGGAGCUGGUACCAGAGACGAUGUCCUUGUUUCCCGAGCUUUGAGAUUCUUGUCAGUGGUAGUGAAGAUGGGUAACCAUAAGGCUAUGUUCUCAGCUCCCGAAACUCUCAAUGCCUUCUGUGAAAAGAUUAUAUUGCCUAAUAUGGCUAUCAGACAGCACGAAGAGGAGAUGUUUGAAGACGAUCCUAUGGAGUACAUAAGAAGGGAUCUGGAGCCAUCAACAGAGAGCGAUACACGACGACAAGCUGCUACCGAAUUUACUCGUGCCUUGAUGGAGCUAUUUGAGAAGGAAGUCACUGAUAUCAUCAAAGGCUACAUAAAUGCUCUGCUUCAGGAAUAUGCCAACAAUACAACGGAGAACUGGAAGAGCAAAGAUACAGCUAUAUAUCUUCUGACAUCUAUUGCAUCGAGAGGAUCAACCCAACAGCUCGGUGUCACCUCAACAAAUGUCCUAGUCGAUGUUGUUGACUUCUUCGGUCAAAAUGUCUUCUCCGAUCUCCAAGCUGCUCCCGGAUCUGUACAUCCUAUUCUCACAGUUGAUGCCAUUAAGUUUUUGCACACCUUCAGGAACCAACUUACUAAAGACCAACUCGUCUCGGUUCUCCCACUUCUCGUCCAACACCUGAACUCCGAUAACUAUGUCAUCUCUUCCUAUGCCGCUAUCACCAUUGAGCGAGUCUUGUUCAUCAAAGUCGAAAGACAAGCCUUGUUCACUCAAGCCGAUGUCCGACCUUUCGCUGAGAAUAUUCUCAUGGCGCUAUUCACGACAAUCGAGAAGGGAGGAACACCCGAGAAAAUUGCCGAAAACGAUUACCUCAUGAAAUGUGCCAUGCGAGUGAUUAUUACUGCCAAACAAUCCCUUGUACCGUCUCAUGAGCCUAUCUUAAACCGGUUGGUCAACAUCAUGGGCGAGAUCAGCAAGAAUCCUUCAAACCCCAAAUUCAACCAGUACUGUUUCGAGGCAGUAUCUGCAUUGAUACGAUUUGUAUGCGACGGUCAACCUGCUGCUCUUGCUACAUUUGAAGGAGCACUCUUCGGCCCUGCACAGCACAUCUUGCAAAAUGACGUCGCUGAAUUCAUUCCAUAUAUAUUCCAAAUCCUUGCUCAACUCCUUGAGCUUCAUCCUCCCACAUCCCUUCCUGAAUCAUAUCAAGCUCUGACAGGCCCUCUGCUCAAUGCACAAUUGUGGGAGCAAAGAGGAAAUAUUCCUGCUCUCGUACGAAUCUGGAAAGCCUGUCUGCAAAGAGGUGCCCCUUCAAUCGUUGCAGCCGGACAAGUGCAGGGUUUAUUGGGUAUAUUCCAACGAUUAGUUGGAAGUAAGAUCAACGAUGUAUACGCUUUCGAAUUACUGCAAGCUUUAUACGAAUAUGUACCAAUCGACGUCAUGCAACCUUUCUCCAACACAGUCUUCGUUCUCCUCCUUACCCGAUUACAGCAAAAACCAUCACCCCAAUUUAACCAGUGUUUCGUAUACUUCUUCGCUUUCGUGGCUAACGUCGAUACUGUGGGGCCAGACUUUUUGGUUACUGUCCUGGAUAGCGUGCAACCUGGACUGUUCGGUAAUCUCUUAACCGGUGUCAUUCUCUCCAACACUCAAAAGGUCACCACGCGAAAUAGAAAAUUGAUUGAAGUUGGCUUAACAAAGAUGUUGACCAGGAGUAACAGAUUGAUAGAAGAGCCUUCCAAGCAGUACUGGGUCCCAAUUUUCCUUGCUUUGCUUGAUCUUUUCACUCUUCCUCAAGAUUUGACGUAUGCUCAAUCCAAUGCUGCCGAUGGGGAUUUGACGGAACUUGAUCCUGAAGAAGCAGGAUUUCAAAGCUCGUUCUCUAAGCUUGGUGCUAGUGAAAAGGUUGCAAAAGAUUACACUGCUGGUGUUGGCGAUACUAAAGAGUACGCGGCCAAGGAACUGGGUCGAAGAAGCGCCGAAAAACCUGGUGUAUUACCUCCUUUGAUUGCUCAAGCUACGACAGUGGAAAAAGAUGUAGUCAAUGGUUUCGUACAAUUUGCUUCUCAAAAUGGGUAA